GCUGCUGGUCAAGGUGCUCUUGGCCCCUCCCCUCCCCUCAUGCUGCUAUUUUUGGCCCUUCCCCUCCUCUCAUGUUGCUGCUUUUGGUACACAGAUGAUUUUACCCUGGGUUGCCCGUGUUGAUCUGUGUUGUCCAAUGUUUCUGUGAUUGCGCUGUGGAAGGCGCCUGUCAUCGCGGUGGUGGGGUGUAAGCUGGACCUGAGGGACGACCAGCAGAACAGCCUUGAGCAGACGAUGGCGCCCAUCAUGCAGUCGUUCCGUGAGAUCGAGACCUGCAUUGAGUGCUCCGCUCUUCGCCAGAUCCAGGUGCCUGAGGUCUUCUACUAUGCCCAGAAGGCAGUGCUUCACUCCACAGCUCCUCUAUUUGACCAAGAGGCACAAUCUCUAAAGCCACGCUGUGUGAGGGCUUUGAAGCGGAUAUUCAUUCUAUGUGACCACGACAGGGAUGGAGCUCUCAGUGAUGUGGAGCUCAAUGACUUUCAGGUUUGUAUUCACUGA